GUGCUGGGGGUACAAGAAAUGCCCCGCUCCAGUGAUAAUCUUUGGGACCUGGCAGUAGCAGAGGUGCAGAGGAAGGAAAAUUCUGAAGAUGACACGGAAGCAUCUGCUGAUUCCGAGAGAUCCGUGUUCUUUAUAGGCAACAAAAAUGGGGGAAAGACAACGAUUAUUCUUCGAUGUAUUGACAGACAAAGUUUUGGAGCAGUAGAGGUAGAUGCAGCUUUUCCAAAAGACAUUGCUCAUUUUUGGGAACUUGGAGGGGGAAUAUCUCUUACGGAUUUAAUAAACAUACCCAUCACCAUUGAGAACAUUCGGACAUUUUCUAUAGUACUUGUUCUUGAUCUCUCAAAGCCCAGUGAACUUUGGCACACAAUAGAGAAGCUAUUACCAGUCACCAAGCACCACAUAGAUAAAAUUAUAGGUGACAUUGGGAAGUCCAACUCCAAGGCGGCCAAUCAGAUUGUGCAAAAUGUUUGGAGAAGUUUUCCAAAUAACCAUCCGGACAGACAAUUGAUUGAUCCAUUUCCAUUGCCCUUACUCAUAAUCGGAAGCAAAUAUGAUAUAUUUCAGGAUUUUGAAUCAGAAAAACGAAAAAUUAUAUGCAAAACUCUCCGAUUUGUAUCUCACUUUUAUGGAGCCUCUCUGUUGUUCACAAGCAAAUCUGAAACCCAUAAAGGAGUCAUGCGUUUGUUUGUGAAUCACUUGGCCUUUGGACAAGACAAGAGCAAACUGGUGUCAGUUGAUCACAACAAGCCACUGGUCAUUCCAGCAGGAUCGGAUUCCUUCAGCCAGAUUGGAUCACCCCCUGCCUCUGAGAGUGAGCUGAGACAAGUCCAUGUGCGCACUCCAAUUGAGUUAUGGAAGAAGAUAUAUGAAAGAUAUUUUCCUCCCAAGAAAACAGAUGACAUAAAAGACGUGAAGGACCCAGCAAAAGAUCCACAGUAUGCAGAAAGAGAUGUCGAUACUAUGAGGGCCCAAAAGGAUCAGGAGCUUGAACAAUACAAAAGAAAUGCUGACAAGUCCUGGAAGUCGAUGUCACUAGGCUCUCAUACAUGAUAUCUAUGGAUUUGUGUUCUUCUAGGCUAAGUGUAUUUUUUAAAAUGAUAAAUAGCUGUAAGAAAUGUUUGU